GUGAAUGGAGGUUGGAAAUAGAAGUUUAUAGUACCCGAGUAGUAGGGAUGGUAUAAGAUCUGAUAUAUGUGGAUAGAGGAGCGAGGAUGUACGAUAGAACCAUGGGCCGCUCACUAACAAUACAUGGUCUGGUGUUUAUUUUCUGCUGCCUGCUGAAGAUACCAAAGCUCUGUGAUGCCGACUCUUCAUCCGCUGUUCCAUGGGAUGAUGCUGCUACUAGGAUUUCUCUACCAGAUGUAGUUACAUUAGAAAAAGGAAGCUCCAAAAACAUAAGUAUAAAUGCAAAUGUUCCCGUGAAUGAAACUAUUGUGUUUGCUCUUAACAUUACCUAUUCCUCGAAGAACGUCACCAUUGUACAUUUUCCGGACCAAAUUGUUCUUCCAGCAAAAUCAGACCAUUCCUUCUUUACAGUGGAUGCUGUUGAAGUGGGACAAGUUACUUCUUACUUACUCAGCAAUAAUUCACAUAAAACUUGGCAACGUGUCCGUUUCCUGGUGAUUCACAGCUUCACUGUGGAGGUCUUGGAGCAGAUCAUAGGCUGGAUCUAUUUCUUAGCCUGGUCGGUGUCCUUUUAUCCACAAGUGUUUGAGAACUGGCGAAGGAAAAGCGUCGUGGGGCUGAGUUUUGAUUUUUUGGCAUUGAAUCUGACUGGUUUCAUUGCAUACAGCGUUUUCAAUGUUGGGCUCUUCUGGAUACCAUACAUUAGGGAAGAAUUUCUUCAGAUGUAUCCUAACGGAGUCAUCCCAGUGGAUUCAAAUGACGUUUUUUUCAGCCUCCAUGCAGUGCUGCUUACGAUCAUUACUAUCGUUCAAUGCUGCAUUUACGAGCGGGGCACCCAGAAAGUUUCCAAAGUAGCCAUCGGCCUCCUUGUCAUUGCCUGGUUAUUUGCUUUCAGCGUGCUGAUUGUGGCCGUGGUUGGGAAGGUCACGUGGCUGCAGUUCUUAUUCUGCUUCUCGUACAUUAAGUUGGCCAUUACGCUCAUGAAGUACUUCCCUCAGGCUUACAUGAACUUCCGUCGGAAAAGCACUGAAGGAUGGAGUAUCGGAAAUGUUCUGCUAGAUUUUACAGGAGGAAGUUUCAGUAUAAUCCAAAUGUUUUUACAGUCUUAUAACAAUGAUGAAUGGAAGUUAAUAUUCGGAGACCCAACUAAGUUUGGUUUGGGAAUAUUCUCGAUUUUCUUCGACAUUGUCUUCAUCACCCAACAUUACUGCUUGUACAAAAAGAGACAAGGGUAUGAAAAUGUUUAACCGAACAUGAAGACAUUGAUGCAGCAAACCAGUUUCCAGUACUAACGAUCAAGUGGAAAAAAUAAGAAUACAAGUAUGGAAAAAUAAGAAUCUGCGGACUCCAUUAUUGUGCCUUUAAUGAAAACUUGAAUUCUUUCCCACCAUUUAUGCAACAUCGCUAUGCAACAUCCUACAGAUUAGAAAUGGUUGGAGUACUGAAAAAAGCCUGAAAAUUUUAAAAAGGGAAUUAAAUUGAAUGAGUAGCAAAAAAAAUGCACUUUUAGAAAUAUGCAUUAGGAACCAUUUUUUGUAAUCAUGUUCAGCAUUAUCUGCUGUAUCAUAACUUAGACAUACCUCAGCGAUUUAUAUUUUUGAACUACCCUCUUGAAUUAUUGUGUGAAAUAUUGGUUACCAAAGUGAGCUUUUCUUUUAAGCAAAAACAAAAAAAAAUAAGUUUGGAAUCAUUUG